GGAUAUCCGGUUCCCCUGGGCGCUCUGGGAGCUGACGGAGAGGGCCGCCGCCCAGCAGUAGACUCUGUCUCCGCCUGCUAAGCCGCAGUCUCCGCGGUUUUUGAGUGAGCCCCGGCCCGGUCCCUUCUUCCGCCGCCGCCAUGGGGUGCACGUUGAGCGCCGAAGAUAAGGCUGCGGUGGAGCGAAGCAAGAUGAUCGACCGCAACUUGCGGGAGGACGGGGAGAAAGCGGCCAAAGAAGUGAAGCUGCUGCUACUCGGUGCUGGAGAAUCUGGCAAAAGCACUAUUGUGAAACAGAUGAAAAUCAUUCAUGAAGAUGGCUAUUCAGAGGAAGAAUGUAAACAAUAUAAAGUUGUUGUCUACAGCAAUACUAUACAGUCCAUCAUCGCAAUCAUAAGAGCCAUGGGACGGCUAAAGAUUGACUUUGGGGAAGCUACCAGAGCAGACGAUGCCCGGCAAUUGUUUGUUUUAGCUGGCAGUGCCGAAGAAGGAGUCAUGACUCCAGAAUUAGCAGGAGUGAUUAAACGGUUAUGGCGAGAUGGUGGGGUGCAAGCUUGCUUCAGCAGAUCCAGGGAAUAUCAGCUCAAUGAUUCUGCUUCAUAUUACCUAAAUGAUUUGGAUAGAAUAUCCCAAACCAACUACAUUCCAACUCAGCAAGACGUUUUGCGGACGAGAGUGAAGACCACAGGCAUUGUGGAAACACAUUUCACUUUCAAAGACCUAUACUUCAAGAUGUUUGAUGUAGGUGGCCAAAGAUCAGAACGAAAAAAGUGGAUUCACUGUUUUGAGGGAGUGACAGCAAUUAUCUUCUGUGUGGCGCUCAGUGAUUAUGACCUUGUUCUGGCUGAAGAUGAGGAGAUGAACCGAAUGCAUGAAAGCAUGAAACUCUUUGACAGCAUUUGUAACAACAAAUGGUUUACAGACACUUCGAUCAUUCUGUUUCUCAACAAGAAAGAUCUUUUUGAGGAAAAAAUAAAGAGGAGUUCAUUAACUAUCUGUUAUCCAGAAUACACAGGUUCCAACACAUAUGAAGAAGCAGCUGCGUACAUUCAGUGCCAGUUUGAAGACCUGAACAGAAGAAAAGAUACCAAGGAGAUCUAUACCCACUUCACCUGUGCCACAGACACCAAGAAUGUGCAGUUUGUUUUUGAUGCUGUAACAGAUGUCAUCAUUAAAAACAACUUAAAGGAAUGUGGACUUUAUUGAAUAGAGUGUGGAUGUUAAUAAAAGUUAUUACAGUGUGGAGUGUUGAGACCAGACUUCCUUUGCUGCCUCAUUGGGCAGCGCAAGCAUGAACGGGACCAGGGAAUGGCAGCAGCAUGCAGAAUCCUAGCACUCUUUUAGCACAAUCUUCUGUAUUAGGGAACUCUUAAUUGACACAAGAUGCUAAAGUCAGACAUUGGAAUUGGAGCAACUGUAAAGUAUGAUUUGAUCAUCGAGACAUGACUUGGAUUUCAUAGUCUCAAACGUUUAGGGCAGAUGUGAAGUUGAGGUGCUGCAUUCCAGAACUUCAAUAUGUAGCUUAACUGUUUUUCUUCUUCCCUCUUGACAAACCACCAGUAGUUCAUUUUUUUCAAAAAUUUUUUUUUUUCAUCAAGGGAAGAAUAACUUCACUGAAUUUUAUUUUUUUGUGAAAGAACCUUUAUUAAAACACAAACAGUCUUAACUAUGCACAUAAUGUGACCAGAUCAUCUUGAAAAUAUUCCUCCUAGUAGGAAUUCUUUGUUUUUAACUCUAGGUAUGGUCAGAAUAUAAUAUUUCCAUAAUAACUUAAUUCUUUUCAGUUAUUUGGGCUCUGAUUAUAGGUUUUUUUGAUAAAAUUUAUGUUACUAUCCUGCUCAGAGUACCAUUAUGGUUUCUAAAUGGCAGUUACGUUGAAGAAGUCUAUAAUAAGAUUCUAGCUCUCCUUUUUUUUAAAGCUUGUGGUUGAAGGUUAACCUAGUUUAUGCUAAUCACCAAAUUACUAAAUAAAUGCUGAUGUAGUAUGAUAAAGUCAGCUUCUUGGAUACAGACACACCUAGGGCAGCUGUCAGUUAGAAAAGUAUAUGCUAAAUUCCAAACAGAACCAAUGACUUUGCUGCUACAUAUCUGCUAAAUUGAUCACUUUGAUUCUUGCUUGUUUGUCUUAGUCAUAGGGAGUUCUGUAAAAGAUGCCCCAUGUUUUCCAUCUUCCAAUGGCCUUUUCUGUUGAGAAACAUCUGAAGUGUAUUAAAAGUGCAUGCUUUUACUUUGUAAAUGUGGUGCCAAAUCCCUGUUUGCCAUUGUUUUUACUGUAGCAAUGUUGAUUGUAGUAAUCCUUAGUCAGUACCUUGUUUUGCUGCAACUAUUGCUUUUGGGACUUUUUUCUACUUUGUCGUGUGUACAGAUUUUAAUCUGUUAUAGUUGACAGCAGUAUUAAAAUGGUGAGUAAAGAGUC